UGCAGAGUGAACACCACGUGUUAUGCAAUUCUUGGAGCUCGUCUACAUUUUAGUCGUGCAAUCGAUAUGCCACGCGCGACCGAGAGUUUCCACGUGGACGACUACAAGCGCUAAUUAGACCCCGAACAUGUGCAUUUGGAUAAUUGAAUUUUUCAAUAUCACCUAUUGUUCGACUCACGCAAUUGUUACCCGCUACUGGUGCGUGUCAUAAACGCUGAUUUAGCCGAGAGCGAGACGUAAACGUCGACGAAUGAAGGAUCCAUUAUUGCAAUUAACCACAGACUAAAUGUAAAAUAUCGACGAUGCAAGCGUUACCGCAGAAGAAGUAUUACAGACAACGUGCCCAUUCAAAUCCGAUAGCCGAUCAUUGCCUAGAAUACCCUAUAAAACCGGAUUUGAUGGAUUGGAAUACCUUGUACCCAGAACAUUUUCAUACUAACAAUAAGCAAGAAACACAGAAACAUGUGGAAUUUGUAGAUAUUGGUUGUGGUUAUGGAGGACUGCUAGUUACCUUAUCGCCAAUGUUUCCCAAUAGUCUGAUACUUGGUAUGGAAAUCCGAAUAAAGGUUGCAGACUAUGUUAGAGAUCGCAUUGCUGCACUACGUUGCCAAAAUCCUGGCAAGUACCAGAAUAUCGCUUGUCUGAGAUCAAACGCUAUGAAGUAUCUGCCGAAUUACUUUCACAAAGGGCAGUUAAAGAAGAUGUUUUUCCUGUAUCCAGAUCCACACUUCAAAAGGUCGAAACACAAAUGGAGGAUAAUAAACAAGUCGUUGUUAGCGGAAUACGCUUAUCUGUUAGCCGAAGGAGCAAUUGUAUACACUGUAACAGAUGUGAAUGAUCUGCACAAGUGGAUAGUUCAGCACUUUCAGGAACACCCGUUGUUUGAAGAAGUAUCUAAGGAAGACUUGAACGCAGAUCCCAUAGUAGAGAAAUUAUACGAGAGCACCGAGGAGGGCAAGAAAGUAACGAGGAACAAAGGUGAUAAAUUUCUGGCUGUAUUCAGGAGGAUCGCGGAUCCUUACGUUGCGACGAAUAGCUAGCAACUAUAAUGAUUGUAUACAGCUGUAUAUACACGUUAAUGCAUGAUUGGUUUCUCGUGGAGGGAUAUUCUCGCUACCGACCGUGAUUUCGGUAUUGCAACGGGGUGUUCUCUGUCGUGAUGCAAUAAUCGUGCCUCUGAAAUGAAUUGUAAGCGUUGAGAGAGUAAGUUUCCCACUUACUAUACAUAUUGUCAUUCAAAAAUAAAGUAUGACAUUUUCCGAUA